GCUCGGCGGGCUCAGGGCAGCGCGGAGCCGCUAGCGUUUCCCGGCGCGGCUGCCCGAGGCCGGCGAAGCCAUGGGCGCCGGGACCCCGCCGCCGCCGCCGCCGCCGUCUGGCCCCAGAAAGAGAAGUUAAACUUCUAGAGAAACCUAACAGACAAUAUCCACAACAGGUGGUAACAGAAAACAAUCCAGAUGGGGUGCAGGUGCUGUAAAAUAAUACAAAGCUAUCUCUUUGAUCCAGUUCAAGUGCCCUCUCCUGGCUAUGUCAAUGAAGUCAACAGCUGCAAGCUAGAUGAAGAUGACACUGAUAAAUUAAAAGGCAAAUGGAGCAGUGAAGUCUUGGUGCAGAAAAAUGACCCUCAGAGGCAGGGCUCAAAGAAGACUGAGAGCAGCAGCAGGACAGCUGAUCCAUGGGAGCCCUGCUGGCCUCACCAAGGGCCGCUCCCACAGGGGGACGCUGGAGGGGAACACCAUGCCUGCGGUGUCAACGGCAUCGGCCCUGCUGCCACUCCACAGCCCACUGGGAAUUCCAGCCCCGCCCAGGAUGACAGGGGCUCCUGGGCCAGUACUGCAAAUACUGUUCCCCCAACUCAACCCUUCCUGGAAGGAGGGGGCACCAGGAAACAGGACUGUGUGCUGCUGGCCUCAGAAGGGACCCAAGUCAUGAGAAAUGGAGACUCCAGAGCUCCUUCUGAGGCAGAAAGUUUUGCCUUGGAAGUACAAGACCAUGUCUUCCAGAUACCAGCCCCAGAUUACCUUCAGCAUUGGGGCCCAGCUGGAGACAACGUUGAUCAUAAUGAAAAGGACUGUGUUUUCAAGAACCAUACUGAGGAUGAAUCCCUAGAGGGAAUUCAGCCCCCAGUGGGGGAGCAUGGUUUGAAUACGCCCUUCUCUGUGAGGAGAAGCUGGGAUUCAUUGAAUGAGGAUGUGGAAACAGAAGUUCUAAGCAUCUGCUUUAAUGAGAAGAGUCCUGUUCAUGCCAUGCCUGUGGUUGACUCAGGAAACAGGCAGGAGGAUACCCAUGGCUCCGAUGGAGAUGGGGAUGGGGAGAUUGUGGACGAGGAUGCAGCGGUGGCGGAGGCCCUUGCGGCUUUAGAAGCUGCUACUGCAGGAGAAGAUUUGGAUGAGACUGAUUAGGGGAGGGGAUUUGCACAGGGAGGUAAGCUGGUGUCAUGCUGAGCAUGCAGACGCAUUUGCUCCCUGGAUGCAGAGCAGGUGAUUCUGCCAGCAUGCACCAGUGCAGCCUUACCAGUUGUUUACAUCCAGCAUCUGUUCUGAUUGUCAGCAUCUGUCCCAUGCUGCUUGUCACGUAUCUGGAGUUUCACUCUGUGUAGAUGAGCUGUCAUUCAGGACACUAGGAGAAAAAUCUGAGUGGGUCAUUGUGCCCAUAUCCACAGAAAAUGCAGAAGUUGAACAGCUUGCUUGACAACCCUCAAACAUCUUUGAGCACCUGGUACAGAUGUUUAUGAGAAUACUCUAAGAUCUCAACCCUUGAUCCCAAAGGCACACAAUCACAGAGCAUUCCUUUUGACUGUAAACUGUUUACCUUGCUUUUGAGAGCCAAACAUUGUACCCAACCUGGAAAAAGUAACUACCCCAAUUAAAGUGCCUCAUGUGUCCCCAGAGCAUGGCUUAACUUCAGGGACAAUCACCCAGGGAACUAAUAACUAACCAGUUGUUCAACAGCGGGUUAAGCUCAGCAGUUUUCACAGUAGAGCAGAAGUCCCCAGGAAACAAAGGGUUAGUCAUUAGCUGAGAUGUUGAUUUUAAAACACCUUGACCUUAACUUUUUUACAUUAUUACUUUUAAAUCUCCUUUGGGAUUGGGGAGGCUGGCCAAAAUAAGUCUUAAAACUGCUUAUGUCAUAUUUGGAUUUUAAGUUCAUGACAUUCGGAACAGCAAAGCCAUAUAUGCAAUGUUUUUAUGCCAUUAAAUGUCUGAUUCCAAUUAAAAUAUAACAACGUAUGUGUCUUUCUAGAAGUCUUAACUCAAAGGUGGUUCUAAUUUUCUCAGAAUAUCAGUGACCCUGGAUGUUACUUUCAAUGUAAAGAACUAAUCUAGAUGGCUGGGCGUGGUGGCUCAUGCCUGUAAUCCCAGCACUUUGGGAGGCCGAGGCGGGUGGAUCACAAGGUCAGGAGUUCAAGAUCAGCCUGGCCAACAUAGUGAAACCCUGUCUACUAAAAAUACAAAAAAGUAUCCGGGCACGGUGGCGGGCGCCUGUAAUCCCAGCUACUUGGGAGGCUGAGGCAAGGAGAAUCGCUUGAACCUGGGAGGUGGAGGUUGCAGUGAGCCGAGAUCGUGCCACUGCACUCCAGCCUGGGUGACAGUGCAAGACUCCAUCUCAAAAAAAAAAAAAAAAAAAAAAAAAAAAAAGAGCUAAGCUAGGCACAGUGGCUCAUGUCUGUAAUCGGAGGACUUUGGAAGGCUGAGGUGAGAGGAUUGCCAGGGCCAGGAAUUCAAGACCAACCUGGGCAAUUUAGCGAGACCCCAUCUCUAUGAAAAAAAAAAAAAAAAAAAGAGCUAGACUACAAAAUUAUACUCAAGGAAGGGACCAAGCUGGUUUGCAGAGCCAUAGCUUUGGCUUUCUCUCUGUCAAACUUGAUGCCAUAACUAAAUGUCCUGAUCUUACCUCAAAGAUGAACAAGCCCUCUCUGGAUUUCAGCCUUCUAAUUCAUUGAAACAAGGACAACCAUUCUAACAUAACUCAAUGGAGAAUUUAAAGGCAUUAAGGAUGCUCAAAACUAUCUAGAAAAAAAUAAACAUGGAAGAUGCUUUAGUUUGGUGUUUUGUAACACAGAAUUGAAAUCUGACUGAACUUCAUUUGAUUUCCAGCUUUGCCAUGUGACCUUGGACAAGUUAUGUAUCCCUUUACCCAUCUGUAAAGUGAGAAUAAUAAUUGUAUGUGCUUGUAAAGGUUAAAUGAGAUGAUGUAAGUGUUUAGCACAGUGCUUGGCACACUAGGCACUCAAAAAUGAUGUUUUACUAGUUGAAAACAAUUCCUUUAACAAACAUUUUUACAUCCCCACAACUGAAAACUCUAAAACUGGGAAGUAUGUAUAGUGUCAUUAUUUGAUUUUGGUAAUUAUUUAGUAUAAAACAUGAUUUCUGAGCCUUCCAGCACCUUUAAGGACGGCACCCUUACAAAUGCUUAAUGAGCCUAUGGGUUUGUUUGGUACUGUGAUGACAAGCCAUCGCAAGUGACCUCUAUAUACAGGGUCACUCAGAGCCCUUAAAAAGAUAAAGUCUUGGCAUGGUUAAUUGCAUUAGAGGUAUGUCUCCUUUUGUAUUUAGUACACCAAAUACUUAAUAUUUCAGAAUGCUUAUUCCUUCAAUGAUUUCCUAAGUGUAUCAGUUGAGAUUAUGUUCAGUUGUAUGGGAUGAGUGUUUUAUACAAAUAGAGGCUUAUUUACCUCUUAUGUAAAAGAAGUCUGGAGUUAGUGAUCCAGGGUGGUAGAGAAUGUAUCACUGACCUGUGUAUCAAUGACCCACAUAUCAGUGACCCACGUAUCAAUGACCCGCAUAUGAAUGACCCAUGCUGCUUCAAUCAUUUUGGUUUCCUUCUCAAGAUCACUUUGUAGUCCAUAAUGGCUGCUGUGGCUUCAGUCAUUACAUUUGCAUUCCAUGUUGGAAAAAGAAUGAAGGAACAAAAACCCCACUCACUCUCUAUUAAGGACCUCACAGAAGUAUAAUUCAUCCCUUCCACAUUACUCUCUUUGGUCAAAAUCUGGUCACUUGGCCACAUCUAGCUGCAAGGGAGACUAGGAAAUCGUCUUGCUAGUGGUGUGCGUGGCUUUGCCAAAUAAACUCAGAAUGCAGUUACUAAGAAGGGGAAAUGGACAAUGAGUUUCGAGGCGGUCAGUUUAUAGUCUCUGCCACAGGAGGUCUCAAAACCCAAAAGCCUGGGAUACAGCUGGUUUCAAAAGAUUGGAAGAUCGUGUGUACAUUCAGUGUGACACCAAACGGGCUUCCACCUUUGGUCCGGGGGAAGGAGGACUGGACAGCUACCGCUGCUCCAACUUCCCAUUGAUAACUCCAAACCAGACGAAAAGAAGAAAUUCAGACAAGGAAGGGGUAGGGUAAGGUAUCAGGGCAGACAAGUCUCUUUCUCUUACCCAGACACACACUUUCGCAUUUAUAUAUGUAUAUAAUUUUACAUCUUAGAACAGCUGCAGAGUUCACCAUAACUGACAGCUCUGUAGUUUUAAAGAUUCUCUUUUAUGAAUAACUGCUUCAAAAAGGUCGACAGAUGGCCAAUACUUUCAAGAGUUCUUUAAAAGUAAUUCUGGCCCCUUUCAUCUUUACUCCAGUAUCCAGGAUCCCCCAAAGGAAAUGAAAGUAAAAAAUCUUUAGGUUGAAAAGUAAUUCCAGCUUUUAGCCUUAUCUACCAGGUUGUCUAACAGUGAGCUGUCUGAGCACGCUUAUGUGUGUAGUGUCUUCUUUCUGCAGCCUAGUGCCACCUCUUGUCAGAAAAGUGAUGUUGAAAAUAGCCAACCUUUUCAAACAUUGUGGACAAUAUGAAAGCACAAUGCACUCUGAUUGGAAGGCACUAACUGUGAUUAGGGGCAGACUUCACAGUUCCCCAUGAACCUUAGGCAAUUGCAUCACGUGGAUAUUUACCAUGUUAAAUCCUGAUUUUGAAUUAAGAUUAUUUUAUGUAUAUAUUACAUAUAGGUUUCUUGAGCUAAGAAGUUAGAUUUAACUUUUUACUGGGGGAAAAUGAACUAUCAUAUAAAUAUGAAAUUAAAUUUUUUCCCCUCAUUGCCAAAGCAGAUGUAGUGAAUAGUUAUAACUGGAAAAACCAGAUACCCAAAAAAACGAAGAGAAUUUUAGGUUUCUUACAUAGCACAUGCCCAUCUGUCCAUGCUCAGUAAGUGCUGGCCAUUCGUCAUUUUCCUCCCUCUGCCCCGCUCUGUCUCUCUGAUUCUCUUCUCUUCCUACCUCUCCCAUCCGUACCUCCAAGCAGGAGGCGUUAGAAAGAAUGAAUGAGACACCAGAUGCAAGUGCAAAGAUCUCCUGACUUCCCUGGUUUGGUCAUCUGUGUGCAACCAUGCAGCAGAGAGAGCACAGUCACUACUGCAGCACAGGAUAUAGCCUCCUUUCCUGGACUUGGACUUAACUCUUCAGCAAGGGCACUGCUUUUCACACAACCAGGCUUUAUGAUGAAAAUGUAGAAAUUAAUUGCUUUCUGGUCUUGUUUCAUUUUUUUUCUCUAGAUUAAACCUCAUGCAUUUUUAAAGCCUCUAUUUUGGAGUUGGUGACAAACACAGACAAGCUGACAUCUGUUUUUCAUGGUAAAUCCUUUCCCUGUUAACUAAUAGAACAAUAAGUCGUUCAUUUAUAGAUUUACUACAUUUGUAAGUUUCUCGUAUGUAUCAGGUUAUAGAAACCACACCUAAGUGGUCUGCUAACUUCUGAAGCACUCCCAGCCACUUUAAGAAACAUUUUAUGCAAGUCAGUGUGUUGAUCAUAGAUGAUGCUUACCUGCACAUUUAGUCACUUGGAGUCAACUAUUAGCAACUUUUUUCAACUGAAAUGUCUGUACUAAACAAAUGCGUUUGGCCUGAGAUCUAAGUUAGUGUACGGCACAAGGGGGGAACUCAAUACAUAUUUGUUGAUUGAAAGAAUACGUAAAAGAAGUCUGGAGUUAGUGAUCUUUUCCCAGUCUGGUUGGGGAGAUAUCAUGCAGGUAGCCAGGAUUGUGCUGGAUUGUGACAUGGUGUAAUAAAGGUAUACAUGGUGUAAUAAAGGAUGUGGGAGCACAAAUCCAUAGGAAUUUGAGAGUUUAGGAAUUGUAUUUAUUAUUCAGGCCCUUCACUCUCAGACUACCCUGCUCUAUUUGAAUAAUGAGGCUUGUGGUGGUCUGUGGAAAAGUGGACAGAGUAGAAUUUGGGCAGCUGCUGAAGUUUUGGUCUCUAGAAUGAGUCCACGUUACCCUAAGGACAGUAAUCCCAAAUUGAGACAAAAACUUUAAGAAAACCAAUGUUUGGGGCCAAGCAAUGGGGAGCUUGGCCGACCUCAUUUUUUAGUGAUUUUGAACUCAAUCUUUAAAAUCCUGGAAGAGAAGGAAAAAAAGGGUGUAUAUUCGUGUAAUGACAUCCAGAUCUCACUGUUCUCUUGGCUCCUAGCGAUGGGGGAUAAAAGGUGCGCCCAGGGUUGACUCUUCAGUAACACCUGCAGCCAUGCGUCAUGACCUCCAGGUCUUCAGAGGCCCUGCCCAUGUGACACGUGCCUGGUACUUCCCACACACGUGCCUCUUUAAUCCUAAUAAACCUGGGGUGAAAUCCG